GUCAUGCCUUUGCGCAUGAAACCUGUCCUUCCCGUGUUGCACACCGUGACUUCUCUGGCUUCGCACUAAGUACACACGUAUAUAUAGUAUAUAUAUUUACUAUGGGUUUAACAGCAGGAGAGAGGAUUGUGCAGUGGCUCUUCCGUGCAGUCUCCAGCUUUUUCUGCGCGCUUUUUGUUUUGGUGUCGCCGCGACGCAAAGCAGGAAAAGUGGCGCCGGUCACCGAGUCGCUGCUCCUCAUCCCCGCCGUGCAGCUGGCCGAGAAAAUCCGCCGCAAACAGGUCUCGUGUGUAGAGGUGGUUCAGGCCUACAUAGACAGGAUCCAGCAGGUGAACCCGCUCCUGAAUGCUAUGGUUAAGGACAGAUUUUCAGCAGCUUUGGCAGAAGCAGCUCAGGUGGACAGGCUGAUAGAGGAGGAGACCGGGGGGGAGGAGGCUCUUGCAGACCGACUUCCUCUGCUGGGGGUCCCUUUUUCUGUCAAAGAGUCUUUUUUCUUACAGGGUAUGCCCUGCUCCACAGGCCUGGUCUCUCGGGCUGGUUUUGUUGCCAGUAAAGACGCCCCUGCCGUGGCCCUGCUGAAGAGAGCUGGAGCCAUUCCUCUAGGAGUGACCAACACCAGUGAGCUGUGCAUGUGGCUGGAGUCUAGCAAUCACCUGUAUGGCAUCACCAAUAACCCCUACGACACGACCAGGAUAUGUGGAGGAAGCUCAGGUGGAGAGGGCAGUAUUCUGGCCAGCGGGGGCUCUGUGAUCGGGAUUGGUUCGGAUAUUGGAGGCAGCAUUCGCAUGCCCUGUUUCUUUAAUGGCAUAUUUGGACACAAAGCGACUCCAGGAAUCAUCUGUAAUGAAGGCCAGCUCCCUCCUAGCUCUGGGCUUCAGGAGGACCUUCUGAGUACAGGUCCAAUGUGUCGCUAUGCUGAAGACCUGCUGCCAAUGCUGAAGAUAAUGGCUGGAACAAAUGCAGACAACUGUGGUGAGCAGGAUAGCAUCUCAGAAAAUACAACACGUUUGAAUCUUGAGGCAGAUGGGCUACAACAGCAGAAGACCACAUCAGAUUCCACUCCUAUCCUUGCCAACCCCCUACAUGAGAGUCACAAACUAUUGCUGUCCUCAGAGGUGGACCUGAAGAAGCUGCGUUUCUUCACAGUAGUAGAUGAUGGUGGCUCUCCGUGGACAUCCCCUGUGGACAAACAGCUGGUUGAAGCACAGAGAAAGGUGAUUCAGCACCUAGAGGCAGAUUUGGGAGUCAAAGUUAAGGAAAUGAGCUUUCCACAGCUGAAGUACUCCUACCAGAUCUGGGACACAUGCAUGGCUCUGCCAGAUAAAGAUGGCAAGCCACCACAGCCUUUUGUGGAGCUGAUGGCAGAUGGAGGCUCGACCGUGUGGCCUGUGUGGGAACUGAUCAAGUGGAUUUUUGGCAAAUCUAACCACACAAUACCUUCCAUUGGUCUGGCUCUAAUGAACAGCAAACCAUCACCGUUCUACCUCAAGGAGAAGGAAGCAUUGCAGCAUGACAUGGACAAGGUGUUGGGGACAGACGGUGUGCUGCUGUACCCCUCUCAUCCUCUCCUGGCCCCUAAACACCAUCAUCCAUUAUUCACAAUAUAUAACUUCUCUUACACAGGGAUCUUCAAUGCGCUGGGCCUACCUGUUACCCAGUGUCCUUUGGGGCUGAGUGAGGAGGGUUUGCCCCUUGGCGUGCAGGUGGUGGGAGGGAAGCUGCAGGACCAUCUAACGCUAGCUGUGGCUCUGUAUCUGGAGAAAACUUUUGGAGGCUGGAGAGACCCAGGAACCACUUGAGAAACUGGACAAUGUGGAGCUGGUGGACCCAUGCUACUUUCAUUAGAAAUUAUUAAAUAUAUUAAACAUAUAAUUUUCCUUGUGUUUACUGAACAUUUAAUAAAUCAGUUUGAGUUUUUACAAAACUAGGGUCACUGGAGAGUUUCUA